AUGAUCUGCAACUGCAAGCUAUUCAACCUCCACGACUGCUCAUGUGAGGCCAUUCUCGCGGGCGAGGACCUCCACGUGCAAGUUCCCAAGGCGAGGGCGACCGGUGCCAUCACUGGGCUGACCUUCGACUUCAAGGCCGUUCGCCGCCAGCUGCGCUCGGCAUUGAAGGACGCGAUGCAGACCAAGAAGAAGAAACAGUGGGCGAGGAACGUGCAGAAGAUGUCUGCACGCUACCUCGACGUGCCCGAUCAGCAGUUCGCGGAGUUCCUUCCGGACGUGGCCCGCUAUCUCUGA